AUGCGAGAAGUGUCAGAAGAAGAGGCAUGGAACUUCUAUUGGACAGACAUGAGCGUCUCUGUCGACAGAGCGAAGGAGAUGAAGAGAUUUCAGCGCAUAAACCAUUUUCCGGGAAUGCUAGAGAUUUGCAGGAAAGAUUUACUAGCGAGAAACUUGAACAGAAUGCAAAAAAUAUAUCCAAAGGAAUAUAAUUUCUUUCCGAAGACGUGGUGCCUGCCUGCAGAUUUUGGUGAAGCUUUGAACUAUAGCAAAACUCACAAAAACAAGACGUUUAUAAUAAAACCGGAGUGUGGAAGUCAGGGUCGCGGUAUUUAUUUGACAAAAUCACUCAAAGAAGUUAAACCUACUGAUAAACUGAUUUGUCAGGUUCACGCAUGUUUUGAAAUUCUCGGCUUCGACAUUCUUUUGGAUCAAAAACUUCACCCAUAUAUUUUAGAAGUGAACCAUUCGCCGAGCUUCCACACAGAUACUCAAUUGGACCGAGAAGUUAAGGAAAACCUUCUCACCGAUACUUUCACAAUGCUAAACAUCUGGCAGUGUGAUAAAAAACGUGUCCUAGAAGAAGAUCGGAAAAGAAUACGAGAGAGACUUCUGCAGACUAACAAGUUCUCCGAAAGUCUCAACGCAGAAGACAAAGAGCCCGAAAAAAGUCCAUGGCAAACGCAAAUACAGUGGGAGGAAACGCAUUUAGGUAACUUUAGGCGUGUAUACCCUGAGGGUGAUCAAUACGCGGCGCUAUUCCAGCAGCCGACAGGCUCACUGUACACUGGUACAGCGUCGUCACGCGCCCGCGGCGACUGCGCUCGUAUACAGCGUGAGCAAUUUGAGCAAGUAAAAGCAAAGGCUGAAGCUCUGAAAAAGCCGUCCCAAUUGAAACCCAUUAAGGAAAGCGAGAAAAAAGAAGAUGAGAUUUCAGCUGCAGCCGCUGAUAUUAUUACAGAGAAGCCUAAAGUAAAGACGCGUGCAAAUAAAGAACAGAAACGGAAAGAUAACGAAGAAAAGGACAAGAUAAAGACGCCUUUACAAUCACAACAACCUGCUGUAGAAAAAGAAAUAAAACCUACGCAUGUAUUGUGCUCUUUUGAACCGGAUCCCAUAAUCGAAAAGGAGGAGCGUGAGCGCGUUAAUCUUUUGGCCCAACGAGAUUUCCUCAUCAGGAGUUACGGCAUGCUGGAACAAAUAUAUCUGGCGAUGAAGAAAAUGGGAACACUGAGACCAGAGGAUGAACGCAAGUAUGGUCUCUACGGACGUCUAACGGCUAUCUCCAAUUCAUCUAAGAAAGUGUAA